UAAGGACCUCCCCUUUAAACGCUACAGCUCUCUCGCUCAGUCUGUCUCUCUCCCUCUCGCUCACUUACGACCAGACGCGUUCAGACGAGCUUCAUGUUCUUCUCGUCUGUUCUCCAGCGGUGAGGGUGAGCGCGUUCUUCAUCAGAUUAUCGGCGCGUGUGCUGUUGUCCUCGUGCGACACCGUAACAUUCGUACCGCGUCUGGAGUUCCACGAUCAUUUAAUGCUGAAUUCAAAAACAGGUGUUGAGAACAUCAAGAUCAUUGCCGUCCAUGGACCACCUCAAAAUCCAGAUCCCUGACCUCAUUAUAGGUCACCGUUGGACACUUUGAGGACCAUUGGAGUCUUUGUGUCCUUCACUGUUGGAUAUUCACAAACAGAAUAGAAUGGCAAAGUGGUUAAAGGACUAUUUAAGUUUCGGGAGCAAACGAGUUCCCCCGCAACCGCCAAAACCAGACUACAGCGAGAGUGAGAUAUUGAAGGCGUAUCGUGCACAGAAGAACCUUGACUUUGAAGACCCAUAUGAAGACUUUCAGAACAGGGCUAGAAAUGACAAUGGGUCGACUGAAACGUCCCACAUGGGUUUCGGCUCUCCUCUGAAAUCCUCAAGUCUGGAUAUCAAGGUUGUUUCGCCAAAACAUCGCCUUAUAAAGGUGGACUCGCAAGACCUGGGACGGAGCAAGAUUCUUCUAAGCUCUGUGUCUUUAGAGGAACCAACAGAUCCGGUGGUCCCUUCAGCUCCAGUUAUGGGAGAUACCGACUACUCCGACCCAUUCGAUGCUCAUUUGGACCCCCGUCCCGAAACCACCCAAAGCCAAAUCACUCCUGAAAACAACGGCUAUAUGGAGCCCUACGAGGCCCAGAAAGUGAUAACUGAGCUGCAGAGGAGAGCUGGUGGUGGAGCAGGAGGUUGGGGGAGAGGGGAGGUCCAGCUCUAUGACACCCCAUAUGAGGAGCGCGUCCCAGGGCAGCCGGAUCUGCCCGAGGAGGGGAGGGAGAGCAGGCUGCCGCAGGACGACGAGAGGCCCGCAGAUGAAUACGACCAACCUUGGGAGUGGAAGAAGGAACACAUCUCCAAGGCUUUUGCAGAACUCACGGGCAGUAGAUGAAAGCAGUGCUGUGGGGCCAAUCCUGUUUAAUUGAGCUGUAUCUCUGCGUCAGGGGUCAAGGUGACACUGGAAUAAAUCAUCCCCCGCCUGGCUCACCACGCACACCUCCAACACACAAACACACACUUUUUUCCAUUAAUUAAGGCCUUUCUCAGCAUGUCUGAGCUUCAGUACAGCAGAACCAGUGGUCAGCAGUGCCAUGAGCACAGCACUAUCCAACAUCGAAACUGCAAUGGUUUACUGCUGCAGAAGCACUGUGUAUUUUUAGCUGAGAGACAGAAAGUGAGCGCAAGGGGCCCGUGGCAACUGCUGAUGUGACGACCUGCUUUUGUAGCACAAAAAUAAAGAAAAAUAAUUAAUAUUACAUGAUUCCAUAUUAUGUGAGUGCCCCUAUAAAAUUGCAUCUGAUCCUGGUCUGAUGGACCCUGAUAAGACCGACUAGUCAAAAGG